AUGCCAGUCAACACUCGCCUCCCAAAUAUCCCCAAGGAUGAUGAGCGCCCCCGAAUACCAUUUAAUAUAUACUACACAAUCCCACAUUUCAAAUUAUUCUACUACUCUUACGUCUUCUUUGGAUCAUUCAGUCUUGCCUGGAUAGCCGAUUAUCUCCCAACAAUCGGCAAAAUAUGUCUUUGGACCGGGUUCGCCAUAACAUGCGGAUUAAUAAUCGCCAUACACCCAUCGAUCCACACCGAGCGGAUGAGAUUAGAUGAGAUGGGAAAAUCAGUUCGAGUACGUCGUCCGCUGAUCGGUUUCAAAAGAUGGGAGAUCCCUUUGGAUGUGGACGGCAUUAAUGAUGGGCUGUAUGAUGAUCCGGAUGGCAACACGGACGAAAGACUUCAUGAUGGGUGUCGGUAUGGCCUCAAUAUUGGCAAUGAUCCCUACACUGAUACCCAGCUGAACUUUGCCUAUCAAUCUGCCACCGACCAUAAUAUGAAGGUGUUCAUCUCCUUCGACUUCAACUGGUACAAUACCAACCAAACUAGUGAGAUUGGUGCCAAGAAUAGGCAGUUUUCAAGUCACUCUGCACAGCUCAGGGUCGAUGGCAAAGUAUUUGUAUCAUCCUUUUCUGGCGACAGGAUCUAUUGCAGCGAAAUGAGAUCCGCUGCAGGCGGCGAUAUUUUUUUAGCGCCUAAUUACCAUCCUGGUCAGGGUAAUUUUAAUGAUAUUGAUGGUGCCUUGAACUGGAUGGGGUGGGAAAGUGACGGGUACAACAGGGCCCCGACUGCUGAGCGGAAGGUGUCUGUUAUCGAUGGUGAUACGGCGUACAAGGUGGCGCUAGGCGGGAAGCCUUACAUUGCGCCCAUCUCCCCCUGGUUCUCGACGCAUUUUGGCGACGACGUCUCCUACAACAAGAACCGGGUCUUCCCUUCCAACCUCCUCUGGUACAGUCGAUGGAGAGAAAUCCUCACAACCAAGCCCCGUUUCGUGGAAAUUAUCACCUGGAACGACUAUGGCGAGUCGCACUACAUCGGACCGCUCUCAUCACCUCACACCGACGACGGCUCAUCAAAAUGGGUGACGGACAUGCCACACAAUGGCUGGUUAGACAUGGCUAAACCCUUCAUAUCAGCCUACAAAGCUGGCUCAACGCUCCCAUCAAACUACCUCGAGGAAGAAAAACUAAUAUACUGGUAUUGGCCAACCCCCAAAUCAACAAACUGCGAUGCAACCAUACAAAGCGCCAACAAGGCCAGUGAUAGCUUCUUCGCCGCCUUCGGCCGCCCAGAUGGGGCAAACACAAUGCAAGACUCCAUCUUCGUGGUCACGCAGCUAAAGCAGCCAGCACUGGUGGAAGUGACCUCGGGCAUGAACAUGCAGACAUUUCAUGCACCGGCAGGGAUACGAGCGUGGACAGUGCCAAUGGGCGUGGGUGCCCAGACGUUCCAUGUCAAGAGGGACGGGCGGAUGGUCGAUGAGCUGUCUGGGACUAGUCUAAGGGAUAUUGCCGACGAGUGUGUCUGUGGUAUAUACAAUUUCAAUGCUUAUGUUGGGACGCUGCCUGCUGAUGGGGAGAUUGAUGGGCUAGCGCCGGAUGGGAGGGCGCUUUUAAAGCAGGGAUUGAGGGUGCCUUGCCCACUAAUACACUGA